UGUAAGGGUGAGUGAUUUCCUUCCGGCACGUCGCCCGCUCCGGGGGAGGGGGUGGUGGGUUUCACUUCCGGGACGGUGUUCCGGCCCAUUCCGGCCCAUUUCCACCCCCGGAGCUCUCACCCUUCCAGUGCCGACGGUAAAGACCUUACUCCAGGGGCUUCCUCCUCACUGGGGAAUUGCCGGAAAGAGCAAACAAAAAAGGCGCUGGUGUAGGCUCCAAAAUAAACACAUCUGAAUUCAUGAUGGCAUCGACAGAGGCUCUUAUUGGAUUAAAAGUUUCAAAACAGACAAAAACGCUUUGGAAAAAGGGUUGAAUGCCUGCCUACAGCCUCAGGCACAACCAUGGAGAAAGGUGGGAACAUACAACUGGAGAUCCCGGACUUCAGCAACUCUGUCCUGAGCCAUCUAAACCAGCUGCGCAUGCAGGGGCGCCUCUGUGAUAUUGUGGUCAAUGUGCAAGGACAAGCUUUUCGGGCACACAAAGUGGUAUUGGCUGCCAGCUCGCCCUAUUUCCGGGAUCACAUGUCCUUAAACGAGAUGAGUACUGUCUCCAUUUCAGUCAUCAAGAACCCUAGUGUUUUUGAACAGCUCCUCUCCUUCUGUUACACGGGGCGGAUAUGCCUGCAGCUGGCAGAUAUCAUCAGCUACCUGACGGCCGCCAGUUUCCUGCAGAUGCAGCAUAUCAUCGACAAAUGUACCCAGAUCCUGGAGGGCAUUCAUUUCAAAAUCAAUGUGGCAGAGGUUGAAGCCGAAUUAAGUCAGACGAGGACAAAGCAUCCAGAAAGACCUCCAGAAUCUCACAGGGUUACACCAACUCUAAACCGUUCCCUUAGCCCGCGGCCCAAUACCGCAAAGGGAAACCGGCGAGGUCAAGUUAGCGCUGUGUUGGAUAUCAGGGAGCUCAGUCCUCCGGAGGAGUCCACCAGCCCUCAGAUAAUUGAACCGAGUUCUGAUGUAGAGAGCCGGGAGCCCAUCCUUCGAAUCAACCGAGCAGGACAGUGGUACGUGGAGACGGGAGUAGCAGACCGAGGGGCCCGCAGUGAUGACGAAGUCAGGGUCCUUGGAGCAGUGCACAUCAAAACUGAGAAUCUGGAGGAAUGGCUCGGGCCUGAGAAUCAGCCUUCCGGAGAAGAUGGGAGUAGUGCCGAGGAAGUCACAGCCAUGGUGAUUGACACCACAGGCCAUGGUUCUGUGGGACAGGAAAAUUACCCUUUAGGAUCUUCGGGAGCCAAGGUGGCUCGGCCAACAAGCAGUGAAAUUGACAGAUUUAGCCCCUCCGGCAGUGUUGUUCCCUUGACGGAGAGACACAGAGCCAGAAGUGAGUCUCCUGGGAGAAUGGAUGAGCCUAAGCAGCCCAGCUCCCAGGUCGAAGAGUCUGCAAUGAUGGGAGUAAGUGGCUAUGUGGAGUAUCUCCGAGAGCAAGAAGUAUCUGAGCGGUGGUUCCGGUACAACCCCCGUCUCACCUGCAUCUACUGCGCCAAAUCUUUCAACCAGAAGGGGAGCCUGGACCGCCACAUGCGCCUGCACAUGGGGAUCACGCCGUUCGUCUGCCGCAUGUGUGGCAAGAAGUAUACCCGGAAAGAUCAGCUGGAGUAUCACAUCCGCAAGCACACAGGCAACAAACCCUUCCACUGUCAUGUUUGUGGCAAAAGUUUCCCCUUCCAGGCCAUCCUGAAUCAGCACUUUCGCAAAAACCACCCUGGCUGCAUACCCCUGGAGGGGCCUCACAGCAUCUCCCCGGAAACAACUGUCACAUCUCGAGGACAAGCUGAGGAAGAGUCACCUUCCCAAGAAGAGACAGUUGCUCCUGGGGAAACUGCCCAGGGCUCUGUGUCCACCACUGGGCCAGAUUGAAACAUCGAGGGGGAGGGGGCAGACCCUCUUCCCCUUUGGGCCGUCAGCAGCCAGCAUCAGGGCCGUGGGCUGGUACUUAGAUUUACAAAAUGCCACAUCACUAGAUCGGAAGAUGCUCCCAAGAUGUUGCCAAACUAGAGGAUCAGCAACAUACACAGAAGCACUAGAGGCUCUUCCCCUCCUCCUUCCCACCUCAUACUUUGGAAAAUAAUCAAGCAAAUCAACUUUCUAAUUCAGGGAUCAACAGCCUUGGUUUGUUAACUUUAUAAGAAAAAAAUUUUUUAACAAAACGAUGAUAAAUGGUCAUUUAUCUACCAGUCAUGUUUGAACACUGUACUUUGGUCCAUAUCAUCCUGGUGGCUGUAAUUGCCCAGAUCUAAAAAACAGCAGGAGCCUUGGUCAUCUGAACCAGCCAGCCACCAGAGAGAAGGAAGUAGUUGUGAUGGUGACAGGGAGGAGGUAUUUCUCCUCUUCCUUCCCUGCCAGAACAUGCAGUUUCACAUUUGAAGAAAAAAAAAAAAAGUAUCCUGGUGGUUCUUACUGUUUUGAAAGGUCAGACCUUAUCUUUGCUCUGAUUAGGCAUCUGAUGAUACUUUGCCUGAUUAUUUCAUGUAAGCCGCCAUCUUGGAGCGGUGUUCUCGUGGGCAGCAUCACCUGAAGCACUUUAGGCAACUGGAAGUGAAAUGAGCAGCAGAGUGUUCGCAGUAGGUUCUGCUACAUUUGGGGGCUUGAGUGUCCUAUUGAGGAAGAGGGGAGCAGGGAAGGAAGUGGGAUUUUUGUGCAAAUUUCAAAUGGCGCAGAGUACUGCAACUUCCUGGUCGGUGUUUUUAUACCACAGUGCUUAAUUAUCUUUGGGUGUUAGGAAAUGGCUCUAGUCCAGAUGAAUUAAUGUGUUAGGCUGAGUACCAAAGUUUCAUCCAGUCUCUCUGGCUCCUCCUUUCACGUAACAGCAAUAUUAUACAUCAAAAAUGUCACUUUCCAGUGAAAUGAGCCUGGACUGUAUUUUUAAAUCUACAGGUCUCCAUAUUUGAUAACUUUUAUAUGAAGUUUUAAACACAUUUUUUCUGCAGUAUUGUGGUUGAAGAAAUUCAACACUAUGGUUCUUAUUGCAACCACAAUUCCAUUUCCUUCUACAUAUGUGAUAGUUUAUAUUUUCAAGCCAAUAGAAGAACCUCACUAAAUCCAUGUCUCGCGUCUGCAAACCUAGUAAUUCAUAAACCCACCAUCAGCAAAUUGCUGGUGACUCCAAGAGCUUUGCUUUUUAAUAAUACACUACAGGGCAUUCACCAGAAAACAUCAUGCACAAUCAUGUUGCAAUAAAUUGAUCAAGGGAUCAGUUUUGAUCAGGUUUGGUUACUUAAUCAUUCCUAAGAUUUUUAAAACUUCAAGGGACCUUUUUGGUAAUUCUGGGAAUUUCUGAGAUUCUUAAUCCAGCACUGAGAGUCAGAAAAAAUUUACCAAACAUGUAGAGUUUUAGAUGCCCUGUCUCGCAUUCAGAGAAUAGAGGAGGAUUAGUAAGGGGUGCGGGCAAGGAGAUGCUUACAGUACAAAUAGAAAAGAGAACAAUCCAUAGCUUCUCCUAGUUGAUCAUUAAUGUUUUAAGAGUUUUUAAAUAUGCAGUGGUUUAAGCAGUUAUUUUGGUGCAGAAGCAUAGAUGAUUGUAAAAGAGAUCUGGGGCGGGGGCGGGGCUGGUCAUGCCUGCACUGGUGAGCCAUUUGUGAGAAUGUUAGUAGCGUGCUCCCUUCCUGAGAAUGCUUUGUGGUAAGUGGAAAGGUGGGUAGGAAAGAAUGGCAUUUCUUUGAUGAUAGGAAGUUAGAGUGCAAAGAGUAACUUGUAAGCAAUCUGCGAAUUGUACAUACCCAUAAAGCUGCACCGUGUCACUGGAGAGUGGUUAUUUUCUCUUCUGGAAAAAUGUAGAAAUGCGUCUUUUAAUAGGAAUGUAAUGAUGCUACCAUUUGAUAAGAGCCUACCCUUACACGGUCUGCCAAAGCUGUCUUGUCUUUCAGAGACAUAGACUGGGGCACUCUCCUCUUUAGUUGGGCAACAGCACAAUAGGGCCAUCUUAGGGACCAGCUAUGCUCUGUGGCCUAGAAGUGGAUUUGAAAUUAGACUCAAAUCUUUAGGGAAACCUUUUUGUAGGUCAUCCAGGCUGUCUGUGGACAGAUUCAUCACUGAAUAGGCAGGAAGGUGAGAAGUACAGAAUUUGCUGCUGUCUAUGGAGCUUUUAAGCCUACCAAAAAAAUGUUAAGUCCACCCUACUUGUGAGAAGUAGUAUGCUGGAAAGUUCUUUAUGCUUUGUUAGUUUCUUAGAUUUUCCAUGAGGAAAUAGAGCUUUUUUAAACUAUUACCAAAUCGUAAAGGUGAAGUGCAGUAAUCUUUGUCAAGAGAAACUCUGCAGCAUCUGUCAGUCCUCUGGCCAGGAUUAGCAACAAACCUCUUAAACGAAGUAGGGACUGUUGAGCAGAUGUGGAAAUGCUGUGAGUGUUUGGUGGGUCCCUCUCCCUUGUCAUUCACUUGUCCUAGGUUUUUCGCUGUAUUGAUACUGUGAAUAGAGUGCUACCCGGUCUUCUGGGACCAUAGCAGCACAUUUGCUGGUUCUCGCCUCUUAAUUGGCCUAGCCCAGAGCCAUGAAAUCCAUGAACAUACAAGCCAGGCUAGCUUUUAAACAAAUUCAAGUUUCUGAAAGCAAUUUCCAUUUUAGCCACAAAAGCUUUUAUUAUUCUAAAUAACUAUCCAAGAUUUUUAUCCAGGUUCACUGUGACAUUGUCCUAGUUCUUAGUUAACAUCACUGUAGGGUCAUGGAAGUUAGUAGUGUUCUGUCUACAUUAAUGAAUAGUUGUAUUGGUGUGUGCACAGAGGAUACCUCUCUUAAGGAUGUACUAAAUGGACUUUAGCUAAUGCUGAAAACUCAUUACCAAAUCUUAACUUGCACAUGUCACCUUGUGAAGGGAACUGCAUUAGCAAUGAGAGCUAAAUUAUCAUUAAGUACUUUAAUGCCAUGAAAUAGCAAACACUGGGACCGUUUUCAUUCAUCGAGUGGCACUUAAUAGCAAAGGAGCUACCCAAUAUUCUCAACAAAAGAAGAGAGAUGGCAGUAUAUUAAUCUGUUUUCAUUCUAAGAGGUACCUUUUAUUCUCUCUGAACUCUGAUACCAGUAUAUAAAUAUAGCAUUGGCAUGAACAGGAACACUGUACUUAGGCAGAAGGGCUCUUUCUAAUGACUUGUUCUCUCUUUACUCAGAACCAUAUUUACCUCUGAACCGAGUUGAGUUUUAUUUUAUGUAAUUUGCCAACUACCCCCAAGCCAUCAUUAUGCCAGACAGUUAAAUCUAAUCUUGAAUAAGUAAAAAGAAGUUUGUCCCUAAAGGAUAAGGAUUGGGAAAGAAGGGAGGUAGCAGUUGAGGAAAGUUUUCUUGUUAUUUUGUUUUUUGGUAUUUUUAAAUGUUUCCAGUUCCCUCUAUAUCAGUGAAACAGAGUUUCCAAAGAUGUUGUGACAAUAGAAAUAAACCAUUCUCCUCCCACCUUCAUAGUUGAAAUCUGGCCUUGGUUGGAAGUGGUCUGAAGGAAGAGUAUUGAAUAAUGAACUUCAUCCUUAGCUGAGUAGUCUCUGAUCAAGAAAUAACUUUAAAAAAUUUUAGCUGUUACUUGACACAAAUUUCAUUUCU